AUGUCUAAAUUGCGUGUAACCAACCCAACAGAACCACCUCCAGAAGCCAAUACUCGACUCACGUUUGGUGUCGAAAUCGAAUUUCUCUUAGCUACUGUAAAACCGGGAAAUCCAAAUCAUAAUCCAAACGAUACUCGCGAGGUAGAUGGAAAAUAUCUCCCAAGUGAAGAUCCUAUUAAUUUUAAUAUUGCCGAUAAGUUGACGAAUGUAGGUAUUCCAGCAGUAGUUGAGGAAGAGGACGUCCUCCACGAGCAUUUACCUGACGAACAAUACAGGACCUGUUGGAUUUUAAAACCCGAUUGCAGUGUUGGCGAAUAUAAUCCAUCUCCCGAUCCGGAAGACUAUGUUGAAUAUGGUUUAGAAAUGUCAUCUCCGCCAUACUACUACGACGAAGCUUCACGAGAGGCCAUUAGAACAGUUAUAAAAACGCUCAGAAAUAAUUACUUGGUUCACGUUGAUGAUAGUGCAGGCUUGCAUGUUCAUGUUGGCAACGGAUAUUUUGGGCUUCAAUGGCGCAAACUGCGUAAUUUGGCAGCCAUUGUAUGGACCUACGAACAACACUUAGAAUUAAUUAUGCCUGAAAAGCGGGUAGGUACAAAGUGGUGUCGAAGUUUAUGGGAAUGCAAGCUUCAAAUGAAUGAUGUCGAACUCGCACGUCUUGAAGUUCUCAACCUUAUCCUCUCGUUCACGGAAGGCACGAAUAUGGUCACGGAGUUAGAGGCAUGGGACUCCAUUAGCCGGCUUGGUUUUAACGUGCGGGGUCUCAGCACGCCUUUCAUGGAUAGUAAAUGCACCGUCGAAUUUCGUUACCAUGCCGGUUCUCUUGAUCCAGAAGCUAUUCUCCACUGGGUACCUGUGUGUAUCAAGAUUGUUGAAAAAGCAUGUCUCGUCAAGGACGAAGACGAAGACGAAUUUUUUGAGCGACUUCGAUCGGACGUCGAGAAGCCAAUCGGAUUUGAUGAAAGGCAUAUUAGUACGAUCGAUUGUUUCAUGUGGCUUGGCUGUCCUGCUCAAGCAUACUAUUAUGGUGUGAAAAUGAUUGCUGAUAAGACGAAAGUUGAACAGAGAAUACAGAGAAUGGCUGACGUUCCGAACACGUCGAUGUUUCAGUCCCUGCAAAGGUAA